GAUCACAGGGCCUGGCCUGCAGCCCGGCCCAGUUCUGCCUGUUUCUCUUUCCUCAGCGCCUUGCUCCUCUUGCAUGAGUUUUUGCAUGGGAAGCGAGCAAGGUUUGCUCUUUUGCUCCAGGCUUAGCUUGCACUGCACCUCGAGGAGGCCUCAUUGAGACCUGCUGCACCCUCUGUGCACAAACACCCCCUCUUUUGGGGGGAGGCUGAUCCGGCCCAGCCGCAUGAUCGCAGUCAGGUGACGACGUUGAGCGCAGAAGCGGUGUGGGAUAAGCAGCUCAGUGAGGGAGAUCAGCUGCUGCCCCGGCCCUCUGCGAGCUGUUAGUGCUCAGGGAAAAUGAGCGUCUGGCCCCCUCCUCUGCUCUGGAGCUUGACCACGGCGUGUCUGACAGGUAUUGCUUUAGGCCAGACAACCUCCACCCAGGCCCCUGUUGCAUCAACCUCGCUACUUCUGAGUGCAGCUACCACCCAAGUCCCUGUUCCACCAACUCCAAUGUCUUCUAUUGCCACAGCGACCUCGGCCCCCACAGCCCCAUCUGCAGCUGGAACAGUGACAAACCUCACCACCCCUACAGCUGUGCCAUCUGCUAUCUCAAGCACAAACCCUCCCACUCCAGCUCUGCCCACCACCCCACGCAUCACCGCGCUCACCUCUGGGAUUGCUACCACCUCUCAUGCACCCACAGCACUAAUGGCCACAUCCAGCAGUGCCUGGGCCACCCCUCCAGAUGCAACUGCAUCUCCUGGUGUCCUAUCAGUGGUCCCGCCCCUCAGCACCACUGAGCCUUCAAACUGCAGCAGAGUGAAUGUGACAGCAUGUACUCCUUGCUCCCCAGGGACCAUUCCCAGCAGUGACACCUGGAGCUGCUCGUGCUGCACAGAGGGCUCAUGCUUGGACCCUGGUGCCUGUGCUCCUUGCCCGGCGGGGCACUACCAGCCUGCGAGGGGACAGCAGCAGUGCCUGCCGUGUCCAAAGGGACGUUACGCCAACACUACCAGCAGCACCGUGUGCUCACCCUGCCCACCUGGCCACUAUGCCAACGAGUCGGGGGCCACAGCCUGCAGCGCGUGCCAGAAAGGUUAUUUUAGCUCACAGCAAAAUGCAGCUUUUUGUCUGCCUUGCCUGCCUGGAUCGUUCUGCAACACCACCAGCUGCACGCUGUGUCUGGCCUGUCCUGCUGGGCACGAGGCUCCACAUGAGGCUGCUGAGGGGUGUAUGCUGUGCCGGGCAGGUACCUUCAAAGGUCUGGGUGAUGACGCCUGCAAGCCCUGCGAGCCAGGGGAAUACCAACCACAGCGGGGCCAGGAGAGCUGUGACCUGUGUCCAGAGAACCACUACUGCCCUAGCCCAGAUGUGAACCCGAUCAAGUGCCCUCCUGAUGCCUUCUGCCCCAUGGGCAGCACCGCGCCCCAGUUCUGCAUGGAGGUCUUCCUGUACAAGGUGGGCAGCUCCUGCCAGCUGACGCCACUGGUGAUCGUCCUCCUGGCACUCUUCUCAGCAGGUGCAAUUCUUAUAAUCUUUGUACUAAUUCUGAGAAGAAGGCAAGAAUCUAGCACAAAGUCUUUGAAGUCCCUGUUGCUACCGCGAGGAUCAGAGCGGCACACAACGUAUGGAGUGAUGGAGCACAGAGAGCCGGUGUAUGCUGGCUGGUAGUGGGGGAAAUGCUACCUGCAAGCACUGUGCUCCCUUUUCUGCAUGGUAAUGCACGUGUGUGCAUAUGUGAAAAAUCACCAACCCAUUCCUGUAUAGCUAAAAUAACUACUGACAAAUGAAAUGCAAAUCAUUUUUCAGCUGUGACUUUUUGUGGUAACCAACCUAGCUAGAUGCUGUUCUACAUGAAAUGGACUGAACAGCAGAAGCUUCCCCUUUAAUUCCUAGCUCCACUCACAAUAAGUAUUUUUUUUCCUUUCCUUAAGAAAUGUCAGCAGUCAGCUAGAGCAAAGAGCAGCUGCUGCAGAUACUGGGAUUCCCACAACACAACUGUUUCUACCCGAGCAGGAACUAACACAGAUAUUCUUCCUUUAAGGAAUAUGCACAUUUACUUAUUUAUUUGCCAUUCUCAAAACUUUAUCUAUACUUGAAAUCGAGGGUCAAAUGAAAAAAAGGAAUCCCAAACUUUCCCCUUCCUCUCAACUGUGGGAAAACGUGCAGCUGAACUUAUGGUUGAUUCCUGGACAAAUGUGUCCCUUCCAUUUCCUGCUGCGGUCUCUAACGCAGUGCUUCAUGUUACUCCACAGAGCUACAGAAGCAACACCUUCCUCCUGCUUCUCCAGUGAAAUUCAUUCACAUACCAGGCUGGCUGCAAAGCCCUGCUCAGAUCAUCCAGCGGUGACACUUCCACAGCGCUGUGCCUCAUCAGCUCUGAGAGCCCUGGUAAAAAUAGUACUUACUAUUAUGAGAGCUGUGCUUUCAAGCGAGUGUGCAUGGAGGUGGAAGCAGGUGUUACUUCUCAUGGAGUCCUUUCCCUGAGCUAAAGCAGCAGCAGCCAGCUGAAGGAACCCAGCUGGUAGGGGUUAAGUGGCUGCUGCCCUCCACUGCUCAUUCUUCUCAUCUCCGGGGAGGUUAUUGUGCUUUCCAAGAAAAAGGAAAUAAACAACAGCUGAAAAAAGCAGUGCUGUGAUCUGUUUCAGAUCUGUUAGAUGAGUAAAUGGACAGGAAGAGAGGUGUGUUAUCCUCUGUGGUAAGCAAUAAUGCAGCUGGUAACCCUGCCACCUGCAUCAGCAGCAGCAUCAACACACCAAGCUCAGUCCCAUCCAAAGACCCUUUCUGCCCUCAAGUCUCCAUUUUCCCACUGAAAGCUGGUUACCUCCCGUCCACAUGCUUUGUUCUUUUCUUCCCACCUUCUCCUCACUCCCAGCUACUUGCUUGAAAUGCGCUGGCUCUCAGAAUCCCCUGUUCUAAGAAGAAAUGGGUUCUUUGCAGCAGUGACCACCUGGGGACAGGACAGGACCUCUCCUUGUGGCUGCAAGAAAUGAUGCCCAACACCCUUUCCUGUUCUUCAGUCCUGAGAGCUGGGGGACAGAGUGUGCAUGGCCCUUCUGCUGGGCUCUCUGAUGCUGUCCAUAGCACGCAGGCACUAAGUUUCUCAGUGCACAGUCAGGGCUUUCUGCAGGAGCAGCAAAAGGAUGGAGUCCUGAUAACACAGCACCAGGUUAUUUCAGAACACUAAGCCAGCAGUGCCAAAGCAUAUUUCGGAUUUGCUCUUGAAGAAGCACAGCUGCAGUCAGGCACAGAGAUUCCACCCAUGAAGGAAACUGGCGUUGACCUAAAACCUGGCUGGGAAAGAAAAAUGUGGUUGAAUUAAAACCUGACCAAACAGGAACAACAGCAGUGACAGCUGAAUGGAGCUUGCAGGACUGCACGAUUGCAGCUCAAAAUACUUGAAGUCUGUGAAAUUCUGAGUAACAGAAAACAGCACUGUAACAGGAGAAACUGACUGCAAAAAAUGUCAUUUUUUAUGGUAAGCAACACUGUGAAAACAAGCCAAAAUACAAUCAUUAUCACCUCUACGUGAGCCCUAAGUAUUAUUUCCAGCAAGUCUCUUAGGAAAUCGCAGAGUGCAAGUUUUCACUAUGAAAACAUCCAGUUCUUUCACUUCCAAACCAUGCUCAAACAGCGUGCGUUUGACUAAAAAAUAAAUUAAGAAAAAAAAAUAUAAACUGCAAAAAUAGCUAGAUAGAUCUGUUAAAAAAAAUAGCAACUUCUUAAGUAACUAGGAAUAAGUUUUAAUAUUUAAUAAGACACUGAAGUUUCUCAAACAGACAUGGAAUGUGAUUCAACGCUGUGGAAAAAUUGCAUUAAUCUUUCAAGGUAUUUUGCUUUUCAAAGAAAAUUCAAAUAGAAAAGCCUCUAAAAACUGACCGUAAACACAAAGCUAUGGAACAAAACAGACAUUUUAAUUUGAUUAUUCCUAGAUUGUAAGCAAAUUCUUCUAACAUAUUCAACUGAAAAUGGUUUCUAGGCUUGCUCACGUGAUAAAGGAGCAGCACAUUCUGAAUUUACCUAUCAUGUUCCAGCUUUGAUGAGUUUGCUGGAAAAGGAAAUACAGACUUCUACUGCUAUGGGCAAGAUGCUAAGUACAUAAUUUAAUGUCACAUAACAUGCCAUGCUUAGAUGCUAUUUUGUUGAAUUUAUAACAGAAAAUCUUUAAGUUGUUGAUGCUAAGAAGUAUUGAGUUGCAUCAUGAGAAAGCUCAAUUUUUCCAAGGUUGUUUUCCCUUGUAUUUGAACAGUGGGAGAAGGAAUUUGGAAAAAACUUAUUUUGUUGUCUUUUUAAAACAAUACUUCAGUCUCUUUUCCCAGUGCCGCAGAGUAAGGCAGAGAAGUCUUCAUUAAAAACCACUUUUUCUGAAUUGGAAGCAAAACUUCUACCAGGUCAGUUCUGAUGACUGAGGUGAAGCUCAUGAGGUCAGUACAUGUAUAAGGAAGCACAGGGUCCACACUUCUUUUAAGGAUCAAUCUCCAAAGCAUAUAAUCAGCAAAAGAAACGAUUCCCUGUCCGCUUAAGAGCAAACUUCUAGUUUGCAGCCUUUUCCUCUGUGAUGCAAGCUUCCAUUGACCAAGCAGCUUAGUAGCAAAGAGCAGAGAAGAGGUAGAAGGAAGCAGAAAGUCAAAAGCCACUUGCUAAGGUUGGUUUGUGUCAAUUUAUGUCACGAAAAGAGCUCUGAGAGGAAUUUCUUUGAACACUGAAGUCUUUAUUUACCCACAGACAGAUACAAAAGGGGUGGCUGUCCUGCAUCCUGCCUUACUAAAUGUGUUUGUGGCCCCACCUAGGAGGAGGGCAGGGGGCUGUAGGCUCCACGACCGAUCUGAUAACCGAUGGUGUUUCUGCAGCAGUGACAUCAGUAACUACUGGAGCUGGUGGCUUCUAGGAGGGGGAAUCUGCCUAUUAGGACACUGGGGGUAACUGUUCCAGGGUGCCGGAGUCUAUGUACGAAGAGAAAAAACAAUGAAACAACUACAGAUUUAACAAAUUAUAAAAACAGUGGAAUGUAAAGGUAAGAUUUUAUAAUAACUUAUUUAAAGGUAUUCUUAUAAAGUCUUCCUUACAUGGUACAGAAUUCAAACAAAUAAUGGUCCCAAUGACAUAAAGUUCCUUCAUUUUGUUUCAAAGUGAUGAGGAUAAUCUUUCUAUUUUACUACCUGAUCUCACUUUCCUGAAGACGCGAUAGAAAUGUACACAACACAUUUUUUUGGUUUUCAUUUUAGGCACAGGCCUAUGCUUCAGUCCUGGUAUAACAAAUAUCUAUAGAAGAGGGUAAAUUUCCCUCCAACUCAACUAAGAAAUCUUCAUUGUUUCCUUGAGUGCAAGGCUUGGCGUACCAGUUUAAAGACACAAACAUGAAACAUUUUCCCCCCAUUUUGAACUGAGCUGUUUUAUCCAUAAUUAUUAUUAUAUAAUUAUUUUGGGGAAAAAAACCCAACACUUUCCAACAGUGUUUAUAGAAUGGGUUAAAAGAAAAAAACACAUCUGUUUGCUUACAAAAUAGAAAUCGAGGAGUUCAGGACAAGGACAAGGCUAAAUUUAAAAUCUGUUUCAGUUAAUAACUCCUAAUAACACCAAAGUUUCAAGUGUUGGGAACAAGUGGGGAUUUCAGUAAUUCCAAAAUCUAAAUCUGUAAUCAAAUUCUGAAGAAAAAACGUUUGGAAAGAAACAUUUUAUGAUAUAGCAAGGCUUCAAUUUCAAAAUGGCUACACAGAGUUUCUGCACUACCAAAGGGAAACUAAGCUAGAACAUGCACAAAUUCUUCAAUGAAGGCACACAUUCUGUUUACAUAGGCUGGAUAACACGGCACAAGUCAAAACACUGCCUAAUCAGUCACACACCAAUGACACGCACUGGGAAGAAACAGGUGAAGACAUUUUUCUCUACCAUUUUUUCCUAGUUCUAGUAUUAUUUCCAUUAAAACUAAAUCUUGUGUUUUUAUCUCACUGCAAGAGGAAAACCCCAUGGGAGCAAAGAACUCAAAGCAGCUUUGCUGACACAACACACUGGUCAUCAGCUAGUCAAGAGCACAGCUCCUAAAAAAACUCAAGAAUGAUUUCGAGCUGCCUGCCAAGUCAAGUAGCCAGUUCUACAUAAACUGUACAAAAAGGAGUGGAGUCAGGCUAAACUUCAUGUUAAAACUGUUUCUCAUAUGCUUUUUUUUUUUUCCAAAAAUUGCCUUCACUUUUAAUUAGUUGUUUGGAUAAAUUAGAUUUAGCACUUGGGCAGCUAGUCAAGCUUCACCUUCUGUUCCAUUGUCUCAUCCAUGGUUUUCUUUUUUGUUCCUCCUUGGGCAUUUUUUGCAUUACCACAAAGUUGCAAUGCCUGGAAUCCCAGAAUUCCAAAGAAAUGUCUGCCUCUGCAUUGUUUGGCAUUGAGAAAAGAAACAUUUUUUCUCCAAACAGUAGGCUUGGUAUUAUUUAUUCUUACUAAAACAA